AUGGGGAACAUGCUCGGGAAUGGGCGAGAAAUCAGCCCAUCAUGGAUACUGACUGAAGAGAAGCAGCCAUUCCUCUACUAUUCGCCGAAAGUGUGGAACUCACACACUCAGCUGUUGGGUGGGAUGUACAUCUUGUUCUUUGGCAUGGCCGUUUUCAGCUUGCGGCUUCGCCAAAAGUUCCUCCAGACACGUCGCAGCUUGUGCAUAGGGCAGGCAGCUCUGGUGGUGGCUUCCAAUGUGGCAGU